AUGGCUUCUGUGCUCUACGCCGCUUCUUCCGUCGCAGCGUCAUGCCGGAACCCCUCCUGCUGCCGCUUCCCCAGGCUUUCCUCCACCUCUUCUGUUACUUUCGCCAGUGAGUGACCCCGACUCGGGGAUCCCCGCAUUCCUUGCUUCACUUGCAAAUUUUAGUUUAGUUAUUAUCUGGAUGUUAAUUUGGCUUCAGGAAGGAGAUUCGCUGUCCGGGCUGCUGAAACUGACACCAACGAAGGUCUCAUUUCAUUCCGUUUCUUUUCAGCGACGGCGGAACGUCUGGUUUUUGCGAUCCUUUAUUGUCUUAGCCUUGUAAUUAGGAUACUUUAUUGCGCAAGAUGUCUUUUCGUCGUCUGUCAGCUGUAUUUUAUUCACUAGAGUUGAGUUUGUGUGCAGUAAAACCAACAGCUCCAGAUAAGGCGCCGGCGGAGGGCUCCAGCAUCAACCAACUCCUGGGCAUAAAGGGCGCAUCCAAAGAGACGGUAUCAUUUUUACCUUAGAACACAUUCUUUCUGAUUCCAAAGCCUGUGCUCCGAAGGGGAAACUACUUCACGACUUAUUGCUAUCCAUCGGUUCUUGGGUGAUGCGUCCAUUGACAUUAGGCAGGUGGGGAUGUGUAGGUCAAAUGCCUGACGUCCAUCUUCCCUGUUUGACUUGGUUGAUCACCUCCACUCCAUUCUUUUCGUCUCUUAGCUAAUUUUGAAAUUAUAGGAUCCAUAACUGUGAAGGCACUAAAGCGUUCAUUUAGACACCAUUCUAUUGUUUUUUCGUCUCUUGAGGUAUCCUCUGAUUCCUGGUACACAAUAACAAGCGCUUGGUUGAAAUAUCUAUUUUCCGUUUUUUAUUUGAAACAGGGUUUCAUAGCUUCAUGAUCUGAUUUUAUUUCUUUUCCUUUGCUAAUGUGUGCUCUGUCUUCCCUUUAAAAAAUUCAUAGUUUGAACUUUUUUUGCAGCAACAAUAAAUAAAUGGGAGAUUAUGUUUUUACUAUGCAGAAUAAAUGGAAGAUCCGUCUUCAACUCACAAAGCCAGUGACUUGGGCGCCAUUAGUUUGGGGAGUGGUCUGUGGAGCGGCAGCUUCUGGUACUCUCUUUUUUAAUAUAUCUCGAAUUUCUGGAUGGUCUAGAAAACAAAUAAAUUUUCUAUGAUUUUUAAAUGAGUGAUCAGCACAUUAUGCUCUGGCUCGUUGAGGGUCAGUAUGAGAUGAAGUUCUGAGCAUAUCUCCCUCAAUAAAAAACCUUGUCUUAUAUCACAAAUGCCUUAAUUCACUACUGAAUAUCCAUGUCUAGUAGGUCCGUCUACAUGAUAAGUAUCUCUGGAAUAUUAUGACAAAUCACUUGUGCAAUUAAUCCUUGCUCAAAGUUGGCCUCACCUAAAGGAUGCUCGCCAAGUUGAUAUCUGGUCAUGUAAUAUUGGUCAAAUUUUGGUAUAUGUGAGUAGAUCCUCUUUAUUCUUCAUUUUUACCAUAUGCCUUUGACUCGGUGAUGAUAUCAUCCUGAGGUUUGUGAAGCCCCCUUUGUCAAGGGGGAUUUGCUCCAUUGAUUGCGAAAAUAUUUUACUGUUUCCGAAAGCUGAAAGCUCGUGACCCUUUGAUUCUUUCUUUUUUCUUUUGCAACAUCACGAAAACUUAUAGUGUUCUGGGGGUUUUAAGGAAAUUUUAUUUAUAUUCUUCAUCUAUUCUGUUGUGCAGAAGACAAUCCGCAAUCUAGCUUUCUAGCUAAAUAAGUUUUACAUGGGUAAAGUUUUCAUUAAAGAUGAUUGCAACUUGGUUGAUGGAGCUAAUGCGGCUGGAAAAUCGGGAUAGAUAAAAAUAUAAGAAAGUCUGUCAGAUAAUAAUUUGUUUUUCGAGAUUUUCCAAUGAAAGAAUAACUUGUGAAUGAAUAUAGCUACCUUUCAGAGGUAGGGUCGUUGUAUGAAAACAUUCAUCAACAGUAAUGUUCAAGUGAAAUGGACUUUGUAUAUUUCGUAAACAUUGUAGGAUCUUUAAUAUGCAGCUCUCUUGUAAAGUUGGACAUUGAGAAUCAUAUUCUGCUGUUACAUUGGUCAUUAGUUGACUAGGACGGACAUUUUCCACUAGGGAUACACACGACAUGAGCAGAUCUUUUUACUGUUUAUCUGUUUAAUACCUAUUCGGGAAGAAGUACCUUAAGAACUUUUUACUAGGAUUUAAAUUUCCGAUUCUUCAUUUAUCUCGGACAUCUUUUAUCAUCUAAAAAUUCUCUUUCUACAUGAAUAUUAUUCUCUUGGUCCACGAAGUUAUUAUUUUACUUUUACAUUUUUUUCUGUAACUGUAUAUUAAUGGCAGUUCGUGAUUUCUUUCCUUAUUUUUAUCUUUAAUAUGGUUUAAGAAAGUGUGAACUCAAGGAUAGCACGAUUGAGACUGCUAAGGGUGUUUGAAUCCUUUUCUUCUUUAGGAAACUUUCAUUGGAACGUAGAAGAUGUAGCCAAAUCAAUUGUCUGCAUGAUUAUGUCAGGACCGUGCCUUACUGGCUACACGCAGGUACUUUUUGUUAUGGAUGUCAUGUGUACCAAAUUCUGAAUCUGGAAUCUAAAAAAUUAUUUGACUUUCUUGUUCGUUUCCUUAUAGACAAUAAAUGAUUGGUAUGAUCGGGAAAUCGAUGCAAUCAAUGAACCAUAUCGUCCAAUUCCUUCAGGUGCAAUAUCAGAAAGUGAGGUAUUUGUGCAAUUUUAGUGAUUCACUUGCAUUUGAUCAACUAUUUAUUUUACUUCUUUCGAAUUAUCAUAAGCUGUUUUAUUUAAUGAUGAACAUAAAAUGGAGAACCGAAUAAAACCGAAUAGAUUCGGCUGGAUAGCUACCCGUAUGAAUAAAAUGGGGAGUUCACGCUCCUCAUAUUCUUUCAUCUAAAAUUAUUAUGGGAAACUACGCUAUUAUGAAGAUAUCUGAGAGUUGUUAUGACCCGGUAUCUAUGUAGAGAUUCACCCAGUAGGACUUUAACAAAUUAAUGAGUUACUAAUUCUCAGUAUCAUAAUUAAAUGUACUCCAUAUCUCUUUGUUACUUCUUUUUCAGGUUAUAACCCAGAUUUGGGUGCUACUUUUGGGAGGCCUUGGAAUAGGUGGCUUGCUGGAUGUGUGGGUAGGUUUGCUUUGCUUGCCUGCUUAUUUUGCAGAUUAAAGCAGACAACCAAGCGGAUAGAGUUUAAUAAACUCUUUGUCCUCAUCUUUCUUCAUUUCAGGCAGGGCAUGAUUUCCCCAUCAUCUUUUACCUAGCUGUUGGAGGAUCUUUGCUAUCUUACAUAUACUCAGCCCCACCCUUAAAGGUUUUCUCUUUGUUUUCAUCCACUGAGGCUGUAUCUUAAUGCAAGAAUGGAAAUUAACUGCUCUCUUUAAAUGGUUCGCUACGCUGCAGCUCAAACAAAAUGGAUGGAUUGGAAAUUUCGCUCUGGGGUCUUCUUACAUCAGUUUGCCAUGGUAUGCCAUUCCCGUUUCACUUGAUGGAGUGUCUUCUGUCUCUUUUCAGUUCCAACUUAUGCGGUACUCUCUUAUUUUUCUCUGCUGAUGAGGUGCUAAAUUUCCAAUGGUUCAUUUAUUCCUACUGGCCUGAACUUCCCCACAUAUCUCAAACCAUCAAUCAGUACCUUCUGAUUCCCCUCAAUGCUCUACGUCAGGUGGGCUGGUCAGGCUCUGUUUGGUACUCUCACUCUGGACGUCGUUGUACUCACUCUUUUGUACAGCAUUGCUGGGGUAUGCUCGCAUUCAAGUCCACACUCAUGUUUUCAUAUUUUUUUCGACUGGCCUAGUAAAUGCCUGCUUCGUUAUUCUUUGUAAUGCUUCAGCUGGGGAUUGCCAUUGUUAAUGAUUUUAAAAGCAUCGAAGGAGACAGAGCUCUAGGACUGCAGGUUCCUCCCUGUUCCUUCUGCAUGAUUGAAAGUCGCCUACUUUAUUGAUUUGGCUGGUCUUAUGAUUGUGUCAUUCCUCAGUCUCUACCAGUCGCUUUCGGUGUUGAUGCUGCCAAAUGGAUAUGUGUUGGUUCCAUCGACAUCACACAACUAUCCGUUGCUGGUACGAUAUAUACUUGGCUGAUUUUUCUGAUAAGUUGGUUAUUGUUUGGGUGAUACGCCAUUCCAUUUUGGUACAUAGUGAGGGUGUUUGAAUUCGCCUACUGGAAAAAUGUGAAUAAUUCACCCAUUCUGCCAAUUUCCUCUUAGGGGUCGGAUUAUCAUUGUAUAAAACUCUGAAUAAAUAAUUGGAUUUACGUUUCCUGUAAACUUAGGAGGAAAAAAGAAGAAGCAAGAAUUACCCUUCUCCGGGUUUGCUCUUAGCAAUCAGAUUAUCGUUGUUAAUAUCAUUGCAGGAGAACCCCCUCCCCCAUCAAAGUUGUACAACUUUGAAUAAAUAAUAAAAUGUGUAUAUCCUGUAAACUUUUUCAAAAAGAAAUACAAUUACAGGGUGUAAAUACUUGAAUGAGAAUGUGGUGGAGUGCCCAGUAUAUAAACAACUUUGAUGAAAUUCAUGAUUUCCACCAUGUUCUUGGAGGACUUAAUCUGUGGAAAAAAGCCUGUUUAUGGGGAGGAUAUCCCGUCAAAAAGAGAAGGUAAGUAAAAAGAGAGGUUCUAUUUUAUUGAACAUAGAACAAUGAAGAAAACCAUGACAUUGAAAAUAUCUUCGUCAUCUGCAUUCUUUAAACACAAGGAUCUGACAUUGUGGGAAGAUGUGUGAUCAACAGAAGCUAGCAAAAAUGCUCCACAGAUUACCAUAAGAUGUUGCAGAUUGGUGCUGGAAAUGGAAGGCGAGUUUUUAAAGGACUUUGCUGUGUAGAAAGUGAGAGAAAAGAUUGAAAAAGGGGGAGAAAAUAGGGGAGCAAAGAUUUGUGACACGAAUAUUUUAUGUUCAUAGUUUGACACUGAGGACCCAUAUUGACUAUCAUAAGAUCGUUUCUUGUAGCCGGUCCAGUCAUAUCCUUCCUUAAUCCUUAACAAGAAAAAAUGGAUUCUUUUACCUAUUGAAUUGAAUAUUUUUUAAUAUUUUGAUUUUUGGAAAAGUUUUCUAUUUUCAUUAGAAUGGAUUCGUUGAACCAUGUCCAUAAACAGCGAAUGCUCAGAAAAUUUCAUAAUUUGAACAAAGUAAAAGUGUUUUUAGAGAGGGUCAAGUAUCUCCAUUUAUGGGCGCAUCUUCAACGCUGGUACUUGCUGUAAAAAUACGCUAAUUUGUUGGGUUGAUUUUAUGAUACAAUGGAGGAUUCUUAGAGUUGGAUUAUUUGAUGAAUACAUGUUGCGAGACAUUGUUCUUCAGUUAUUUGCGGAUUGAAUGCUCCAAAAGGUUAGAAUCGUCCUAGAACUCAGGCUAACAUCUUCUUCUGGGAAAUCUUUCAAGGCUAUCUCGCGGCUAGUGGGAAACUCUACUACGCCUUGGCCUUGCUGGGGCUGACUAUUCCCCAGGUGGUCCUUCAGGUAAGCACAUUACCACCAGUUCUCUCUCUCUCUCUCUCUCUCUCUCUCUCUCUCUCUCUCUCUGGUUUUGCAUCUCCAGCUCUGAUAUGAUCGCAUGGAUUUCACUGCAGUUCCAAUACUUAUUGAAGGACCCAAUAAAAUACGACGUCAAAUACCAGGUACCUGAUCUUAUCGCGGAUCUGCAUUUUCUCUUCUGCAAGUGUUUUCAGAACGGCUCGCAUUAAGCUGCCAUGAUCUCCAUGAACAGGCGAGCGCCCAACCAUUCUUGGUUCUCGGCCUUCUGGUUACGGCGUUGGCGACCAGCCACUGA